AUGAAGUUUUUCAUUGAUGAUCUCCCCGUGCUCUUCCCUUAUCCUCGCAUCUAUCCCGAGCAAUAUGCCUAUAUGUGCGAUCUCAAGAAGACCCUCGAUGCCGGGGGUCACUGUGUCUUGGAGAUGCCUUCGGGAACCGGAAAAACUGUCUCGCUGCUAUCGUUGAUCGUAGCAUAUCAGCAGCAUUAUCCCGAGCAUAGGAAGCUCAUCUACUGCUCUCGAACGAUGUCCGAGAUCGAGAAGGCGCUGGCCGAGCUGAAGGCCUUGAUGAGUUUCCGCGCCAAGGAGCUGGGAUACACUGAAGAUUUCCGCGCGCUUGGAUUAACCAGUCGAAAGAAUCUAUGUCUGCAUCCGUCGGUCAAGCGAGAAAAGAGUGGUACAGUGGUCGACGCAAGAUGUCGGAGUUUAACUGCGGGAUUCGUGAAGGAAAAGAAGGAGCGGGGCGAUGAUGUUGAGUUGUGCGUUUAUCAUGAGAAUCUUGACCUUCUCGAACCGCACAACCUCGUACCUCCGGGUGUCUUCACCCUUGAUGGGUUAAGUAGAUAUGGCGAAGAACACAAGCAAUGCCCAUACUUCUCAGCCCGUCGCAUGAUGCCUUUCUGUAACGUCAUCAUCUAUUCCUACCACUAUCUCCUCGAUCCGAAGAUUGCCGAAAGGGUGUCGAAAGAGCUCUCUAAAGACUGUAUAGUUGUCUUCGACGAGGCGCACAACAUCGACAACGUCUGUAUUGAAUCACUGAGUAUCGACUUGACUGAGGAUUCGUUGCGGAAGGCUACACGCGGCGCGAACAACCUCGAACGCAAAAUCAGCGAGAUGAAGAGCUCGGAUGCUGAGAAGCUCCAAAACGAAUAUACAAAGCUGGUUGAAGGACUUCGGGAAGCAGAGCAAGCUAGAGAGGAAGAUCAAUUCAUCUCAAAUCCAGUCCUUCCGGAUGACUUGCUCAAGGAAGCUGUACCAGGAAAUAUCCGUCGCGCCGAACACUUCGUCACCUUCCUCAAACGGUUCAUUGAAUACCUGAAGACCCGAAUGAAGGUCACACACACUAUCUCCGAAACACCACUAUCAUUCUUGACGCACGUCAAGGAUCUCACGUACAUCGAGCGAAAGCCAUUACGAUUCUGCGCUGAGCGUUUGACAUCACUCGUGCGCACGCUCGAACUCAUUAACAUCGAGGACUACCAACCGCUACAAGAGGUGGCAACCUUCGCUACCUUAGUUGCCACAUACGAAAAGGGCUUUCUGCUGAUCUUAGAGCCAUUCGAGUCGGAGGCAGCCACAGUCCCCAACCCGGUGCUGCAUUUCACCUGUUUAGAUGCCGCGAUAGCGAUCAAACCUGUCUUUGACCGAUUCAGCUCCGUCAUCAUCACAUCGGGUACCCUGUCGCCCCUCCAAAUGUACCCGAAGAUGCUAGGCUUCGAAACCGUCCUCCAGGAAUCAUACAGCAUGACACUCGCCCGCCGAUCCUUUCUGCCCAUGAUCGUCACGCGCGGAUCCGACCAAGCCCAGAUCUCCUCCUCGUUCCAGAUCCGCAACGACCCCGGUGUCGUGCGCAACUACGGCAACAUGGUCCUGGAGUUCUCCCGCAUCACCCCGGACGGCAUUGUCGUCUUCUUCCCGUCCUACCUCUACAUGGAAUCCAUCAUCAGCAUGUGGCAGGGCAUGGGCAUCCUGGAUUCCAUCUGGAACUACAAGCUGAUCCUCGUCGAGACCCCGGACGCGCAGGAGUCCUCGCUGGCGCUGGAAACCUACCGUACGGCGUGCUGCAACGGCCGCGGGGCCCUCCUCUUCUGCGUCGCGCGCGGCAAGGUCUCCGAGGGCAUCGAUUUCGACCACCACUACGGCCGUGCGGUGAUCAACAUUGGCGUGCCCUUCCAGUACACCGAAUCCCGCAUCCUGAAGGCACGCCUCGAGUUUCUCCGCGAGAACUACCGCAUCCGCGAGAACGACUUCCUCUCCUUCGACGCCAUGCGGCACGCCGCCCAGUGCCUGGGCCGCGUGCUCCGCGGUAAGGACGACUACGGGGUCAUGGUCCUGGCGGACCGGCGCUUCCAGAAGAAGCGCAACCAGCUCCCCAAGUGGAUCAGCCAGGCCAUGCUCGAAAGCGAGACCAACCUCAGCACCGACAUGGCCGUGGCCACCGCCAAGAACUUCCUGCGCACCAUGGCCCAGCCGUUCAAGGCGCGCGACCAGGAAGGCAUCUCCACGUGGAGCCUGGCGGACUUGGAGAAGCAUCGCGAGAAGCAGAUGAUCGAGGAGGAGAGGCUGCAGCGGGAAGAGGAGCUCGCCAAUGCGCGGGCCGCCAAUGGUGCUGGUGCUUAUUAUGGUGGCGGCGGCGGCGGUGCCGCUGCCCCGCCGGACGAUGAGUUCGACGAUGAUAUUGAUGAAGAUCUAAUGAUGUUGGAUGCUCAGUGA